AUGGCAGCAGUCUUGAACCAUCAACGAAAGAUCCUCACCAUCAACAGGCCCGAUGCCCCGCAAAUGAACCAAACCUUGAUGCAAGCCUUCCACGAUGCGCUCGAGAACAACCCCUCGGCAGACCUCCUAUCCGUUGUCGGCGCUGCGUAUCUGCGCGCUCAUCGAGUAGCACAAUAUAAAGAGCUUUCCGAGACUGGCUGCCUCAAUUUCCUAACUGUAAACAAUCUCCACGAUGAGAUCAACGCUCACCCCGAGAUCAACCUGCGGGAUUAUUUCCCGUCAGACUACGACCGUCGAUACAGAUGGCUAAUGCCAACGGCAAAGGCAGAGGAAAAGACUCUUGAACCACCACAGAAAAAGGAACCUAGCGACUGGCUCUGCGAGAAGCUUUCUAGAAUCGACACUGCCAGUAUACUUUACCCGCUAUCUAACCAGGCUACGGCGCUGAUCCAGAAGUAUUCAGUGGACAAUAGCUAUUCUUCUCCGGAAACCGCGCUGGCGGCGGCAAUGAAAAUGCUCAUUUUGCAUUCGGAAAGGUUGUUUGACCUCAGCAUUAGAGGAGUUGUGGUCAAGUGCGGUGAUGAGCUUGCAAUCAAAGUGUUCCCUAAUAGCAGAGAUCUCACGGAGUAUCACAAUCUCCAAUACCUUGCUGCCCAUGCUGCUGAGCUUCCGAUUCCUAGAGUCCACGGUCUGGUUGCUCUUGGGACGUUCCGUGCUAUGUUCAUGUCAUAUAUUCCAGGCAUCACCCUUGACAAGGCAUGGCCAAGUCUAUCCCAUGAAGCAAAAUUAUCUCUUCGGAGACAGCUGGACUGGAUAUUCGUUCAACUCCGAAGUUUACAACAACGUGAUGGACUGCAGCUAGGAGGUGUAGGUGGGGAAGGGGUUAAGGACUAUCGUAUCAUGGAAGUUUCUUCCAAAAAGGGUAUAAUCACAGCAUGGCAAUUUGAUGAGCUGCAAUUCUCUGCGAAACAUCGUGCAAGCCCUUCCUACGCCAAGCUACUUCGCUCCUUUUUGAAGAAGGAAAAUAAAUCUCUUCGGGGUUCAGUGUUUACACACGGUGAUUUAAAGAAAACAAAUAUCCUGGUCGAAAAAGAUCCUCGCAACGCGGACGCUUAUAUUGUAACUGGGAUUAUUGAUUGGGAGGAGGGUGGUUUCUAUCCCGAAUACUAUGAGUGCACGACGUUGUCAAAUGGACAGAGCAUUGAGACUGACGAUGAUUGGUAUCUCUAUGUGCCAGACUCCAUUUCACCCUUACGAUUUCCUGUGCGUUGCUUACUUCCAGGCUUCGCGCUUUUCCUUGAGGAUUCUUUUCUUGUUCUGGUAGUCCGCGUUAUUUGGAAUGACUCCAUUCGUUUCCAGUUUAUCCAGAACCUCGAGGAUGAAAUCCUGGCAACUAUAAUCAGACACCUCGUUGCGGAUAGGUGUCUCUUGUGCGAUGAUUUUGACGGUCUCGACAUUGCUUGUAUCAAUCUCACACAGGGAACAGAGCUCGAUAAGGGAAUUCGAAAUGUUUGCGUCCGAUCGCGCUCGAACUUCAAUGAAAUAUUUCCGUCGAGCACCAAGGAGAUGAAUGAUGGUCUUUUUAGUUGUCUCUGCCGCAUCGAUGAACAAGCUCCAGUGCUUGAUGCCCGGGUUUUGGUAAAUGGCUACCCUUAG